AUGAAAGGAAGCUACCCUUAUGCUCUAGGAUCCUACCAAGAAAGUAGCUACAAAAUAUUGAGCUGUAGGGAUUCUAAUGUACACGAAUUUGCAAUAUACGAGGUUAACUCUAAUUCAUGGUGGUGGAUUCUUGAUGUGAUUCCGGACUUCAAAUUAUUGUAUACCUGUACAUACGUGUCUUUGAAGGGAAAGACUUAUUGGUUUGCUUCGGAUAGUAAAGAUGAACAACUCGACAUGUUCUUAGUCAGUUUUGAUUAUACAACAGAGAGGUUUGGACGCUUGAGUCUACCUUUUAACUGUCCUUCAGGUUUUCCUCGAGAUGCGACUCUAUCAGUUGUUAGUGAAGAGAAGCUUGCAGUACUACAACACAACAAUACAUGGGGGAAAGAAAUAUGGGUGAGCAAUGAGAUAGAUGGGACUAAUGAGGUGUCGUGGAGAAAGGUUUUAACAGUGAAUGACCCAAAACGUGAUAUUUGGUUUACUAUAGCUCGUUUUUUGCUCAACGAGGAGAAGAAAGUCGCCCUAUGUUGUGAGACAUGUAUAUUCAACUUCAAUACCACGAUGAAAAAGUUAUACGUUGCUGGGGAAGAUAAUAUAGUCAACCUAAUGGAUUAUGGAGAAACUAGUACACUCGGACCAAUAAUUCUUGAUUAUGUUCCAAGUUUGGUUCAAAUUUCUCGAAGUGUGGCAAAAGGAAAAUAG